AUGGCGCCGCCGCUCGUCAGCAGCUCAACCGUACUCCGAUGUCUAUGGGCGCACAACAUGCUGCCACGGCUGCUCGUCUUCUUGCUCGCCGCCGUCAUCGUCGUGCCAAGGAGUGCCUAUGCGAUCACCUGGCGUGACUUGGGUUCGUCUUCGGCGCAGGGUCCUCGGCUUUCCAGGUGGAAGGGGCAGCUGCAGAGGAUGGGAGAACACCCAGCAUUUGGGACACCUUCACCCAUGAAGGAAGAUGUGAAGCUUAUGCAUGAGAUGGGUUUAGAUGCCUACAGAUUCUCCAUUGCUUGGCCAAGGCUGAUUCCAGAUGGAAGAGGAAAGAUCAAUCCAAAAGGCUUGGAAUACUACAACAAUCUCAUAGACGAACUGAUACUGCACGGGAUUCAACCUCAUGCCACCAUCUACCAUUUCGAUCUUCCUCAGGUCCUUCAGGAUGAAUACAGUGGACUUCUCAGCCCCAGAUUCAUAGAAGAUUACCUCGCUUUUGCAGAAAUCUGCUUCAGGAGCUUCGGGGACAGGGUGAAGCACUGGGUCACCGUGAACAAGCCCAACAUAGAGCCCAUCGGCGCCUUCGACACGGGCACUGAGCCCCCUCGGCGGUGCUCCUACCCCUUCGGCGAGAACUGCACUGGCGGGAACUCGUCGACGGAGCCGUACAUUGCCGCGCACCACCUCCUCCUUGCACACGCCGCUGCAGUGUCCUUGUACAAAGGCCGGAUCGAGUCUCCUCCGUGGGCGCUUGGGAAGCUGCUGGAGCACCUGAGGCUCAACUACGGGAACCCUCCAGUCAUGUUCCAUGAAAACGGACUAGGAGACACCCCCGGCACGCCGAGCGCGAUCGAGUACGACGAUGAGCCCAGGAUCGAGUUCCUGCAGGACUACCUGGAGGAACGGGUCGGACGAACGGGGCUACUUCGUGUCAUCGUGUGGUCGUUCCUGGACGUGUUCGAGUUCAUCUUCGCCUACAGGAUGCGCUUCGGCCUGUGCGGCGUCGACAUGAACGCCGGGGCGCGCACGCGCUACCUGCGGAGCUCCGCGCGCUGA